AUGGCACCUGCAAAGCCAGACAUCGUGCUCUACACAUCCGGCACACCUAAUGGGCAGAAAGCUAGCAUUACGCUGGAAGAGCUCGGUCUACCCUACGAAGUGCAAAACAUUCAGAUUAGCAAGAAUAUCCAGAAGGAAGACUGGUACUUGAAGAUCAAUCCCAAUGGCCGAAUCCCAGCCAUUGUCGAUAAGACGCCUUCAUCUGAUGGGAAGCCGCGAGAAAAGAGAGUAUUUGAAUCUGGAGCACUGAUGCUUUACCUUUGCGAGAGAUACGACCCAGAACACAAGCUCUCGUACCCAUACGAUUCGGAUGAAUAUUGGGAGGUUGUGGAAUGGUUGGUCUGGAUGCAAAGCGGACUCGGCCCCAUGCAGGGUCAAGCGAACCACUUCUACCGCUAUGCUCCGGAGAAGAUUCAGUAUGGCAUCAACCGUUAUCAGACUGAGACCAAGCGCUUGUACCAAGUGCUGGAAGACCGCCUCGAAUACCAGUCUAAAAACGGUUCAAGUGGGCCAUGGACUGUUGGUGAUAAGAUGACUAUUGCGGAUCUUGCUUCCUUUGCCUGGAUCAACUGGGCUGAAUGGGCAGGUGUUGAGGUAAAAGAGUUCAAACACCUCGAAGGAUGGCUGGAUCGGAUCAAUGCUAGACCAGCAAUCCAAAAGGGGUUGGAUGUCCCUGAGCCAUUUGAAAUGAAGAAGAAAAUGCAAACCAAGGAGGGCGAGGAAGAAUAUCAGAAGAUGCAUAGCCAAUGGGUCAUGAAAGGGCAAGACGCCGACCAGGAAAAGCACAAAUGA